GCUUUUGUGAUAAUGAUAAUAAAGAAUUUCCAAUCAGCCUAUCUGGAAGUAUUAAUAAUAUAAAAAAUAAUGAUAGUACCACAGUUGAAAGUAAUAAUAAUCUUGCAGUAGAAUAUAAUGAUAAUCUAUAUGCUU